UUUACCCACCAAACGUAAACAAAAGCCAACCCCACAUGAGCAAAACCAGUAAUUAUUCACAACACAACACGAUAGAGUUGGUGUUAUAUUUUCUCUGUCUCUGCGCUGUAAGAUAGUGUCGAAGUCAAGUGUUGAUUCCAUUCCAUUCCAACGCAUUCUGUGGUAGAGGUGGCCAUGGAUUGCCGCAUCUAUGGCGUCUCAAUCUGCACUCAUCUUCUGUUCCUCUUCCUCCUUUCGCAAGCAUUAUCGGAAAACCCAAAGCUGCGGGUCACUUCUUCUUCUUCCUCACCGACGGGUCAGAUUAACUCAAAUUCAGUUCUAGUGGCUCUUCUUGACUCGCAUUACACUGAACUCGCAGAACUCGUCGAAAAGGCCAUGCUAUUGCAAACGCUUGAAGACACCGUCGCUACACACAACAUCACAAUCUUCGCUCCCACGAACGAAGCUCUAGACCGCAACCUCGACCCUGAUUUCAAACGCUUUCUUCUUGAACCUGCUAAUCUCAACUCACUCCAAACGCUUCUUCUCUUCCACAUCAUCCCCACCCAAAUCGGAUCCAAAACCCUAUCCGAAUUAACCCGCCACGUCACGCUCUCCAAUCACCACCUGUAUUUGGCCAGAAACACCACCACCGGAGAAUGGACCGUCGACCUGGCCAAGGUCACCCACCCGAAUGUUAUGACCCGACCCGACGGAGUCAUCCAUGGGAUCGAGCGUCUCCUCGUUCCUCGCUCCGUCGAGGACGAAUUCAACCGUCGCCGGAGCCUCCGUUCCAUCACCGCCGUUAAACCGGAGGGAGCCCCGGAGGUUGACCCGAGGACUCAACGUCACAAGAAGCUUCCCCCGCCGGCGAAGCCCGGUUCUCCGCCGGUGUUGCCGAUCUACGACGCCAUGGCUCCGGGACCGUCACUGGCUCCGGCUCCGGCGCCGGGACCGGGAGGGCCGCACCACCACUUCAACGGCGAGAGGCAAGUAAAGGAUUUCAUUCAGACGCUGCUUCAUUACGGCGGGUACAACGAAAUGGCCGACAUUCUAGUGAAUCUAACGUCGUUAGCUACGGAAAUGGGUCGGUUAGUGUCGGAGGGUUACGUUCUCACUGUUUUGGCACCAAACGACGAGGCCAUGGCAAAGUUGACGACGGAGCAGUUGAGUGAACCGGGUGCGCCGGAGCAGAUAAUGUACUAUCACCUGAUACCGGAGUACCAGACGGAAGAGAGCAUGUACAAUGCAGUUCGAAGGUUCGGGAAGGUUCGUUACGACACGCUGCGUUUGCCGCACAAGGUGGUGGCUCAGGAAGCCGAUGGAUCGGUUAAAUUCGGGUAUGGUGACGGGUCGGCUUAUUUGUUCGACCCGGAUAUCUAUACGGACGGUCGGAUCUCGGUUCAGGGGAUUGAUGGGGUUUUGUUUCCGAUGGAGGAGGAAGCAGAGCGGGUUAAACCCGCUACCCGAACGGGUCAACCCGCCAAAGUUGUUAAGCACAGGAGAGGAAAAUUGCUGGAAGCAGCGUGCUGGAUGCUUGGAACCUUUGGACAGCAUUCUAGACUCGCCUAUUGUCAAUGAAGAAGCCCACAUUUCUCUAGCUACUAAGAUUCCUGAAAACAAUAUGCAGUGGAGAUCUUAUAGAUGUAAAAAAUCAAAUAUGAAGGCCAUCUUGCUUGCAUGGAUUAUAGCCAGCUGCUACCGGUGUGAUUUUCCCACAUUUUUGUUUUGCUCUUUUUCAUCUCCUUCAUCAUUUUCUUUGUGGGUUUAGGUCCUGGACGAGUGAGCAAAAGUUUAUCUAGUCUACUCGUCAUACUACAUAGUGCAAAUAUGUAUUUAGAUUCAAUUACUUCUGUUACUCCAGUUUCAUAGGUGGUUGUGUGAGUGGGAUCAAAAAGUUUUUUUGUAACCAGGCAGGCAGGGAAUCAUUCUGCUAGACAUGUUCCCAUUCAAUAAGUGAUUUUCAAGAAGGAA